AAAAACAUUCUGUGCAAGUAGCUGUUCCUGGUACGUCAGGAGACGGCUUCAGCCGUGCCACCUUAUGUUGUGCCAGUUGCUCCUGAAUGCUGUUUCUGUGGUGAGUAAAAUGCCAAAUAGAUUUUGUGUGGUGUAGAAAUAGGACUUUAAGAGACAAAAGCUUGCCAUACGCAUGUAAACACAUUCAAAUUUCCGGCACAUGGCUCUGUUGCACAGGUGGAGGCAAAAGGCGCUAUUCUAAAGAGAAUUAUUUAGGUGUCCUGUUCUUCCAGUCUUAGUAGACUAGAGUGUCCAGGUCAUAUAUAUUGAAGACUUUUAAAUCCAGCUGAUUUAUAUGCAAGGAGUGCACCACAGAUCUCAUGAAAUUGUUCAAAGAACAAAAUGAUUUUUGUUAAUAAUAACACAAAUGUCUCAUAGAGUUUAGAAACAAUAACCAUUGCUUGAAGGAGGUAAGGUGCUCUGCUCAUUUUGUGUAAACUGAUGCAGUUUCACUUUAUUGUUUUACAUAUUGUUUAUGUAGGACCUAGUAUAUUUACAGUAGCCAACACUGUGAGUACACCAAACUCAGACUGUACUGGUAAGUACUCAGGCAUGGCUUAUCCUGUGUGCUAAAGCAAACUAUAGCUUGUUGGUCUGAGAAGAUGAUGAUUUUAAGACAUCAGGGACAAGCAGGAAGUGAGACUUAUAGCCCCCACUCUUCCUGUUCAAUGUGUUAGGGUCCAUCUGGGGUACUGUUUUGGCGUCAGAUUUUCUGGUUUAUGAACCAUUGAUUGUUGGGGAUUAAUGGGGUCUGGAUUAUUGGAUUAUUGGAUUGUUAGAUGUUAACACUAAAGCCUACCCACAGUGACCUGCCUGCAGGACAGUGCACUGCAAAAAAAUGAUACCUCAGCAAGUGAAAUGAUCCUAAAUGUAAUCUCAAUAUCUAAUAUUUACAUACAUCUAAUAAUAUUUCUGUUUUUUUACUAGCUUAAAGUAAUUUUAUUAAGCAAAAUUAUCUCACUAUGUUGGCAGAUCAAUUUGCUGAAGAAAUGUGUCUGAAACAAGCAGAAUUGUCUGCCUAAAUAGUGAGAUCAUUUUGUCUAAUAAGAUUACUUAAAAUAAGUAAAAUAUUAGAUAUUAGACUACGUUUAAGAUGAUUUCACUUUUGUUAAUGUAGCAUUUUUUUGCAGUGUGUAUGUGAUGGAUACUUUUAGGACUUUUAAUGACCAUUCAUUAAAAUAAUGAAUGAUUAAAGUAGAUGUGAAAAACAAAUAUUAAGAUAAUAAAUGAGACCAACUUUGUCUUCGGAAAUAGGGCAGUAGGUUUGUGGUCCAACUAAGAACCAGACGUGAUUACUUUCUGAAAAAUGCAUUUUAUUUCUUUCAGGUCCAAUAACUUGCCAUGACAUGCAGUCUGCAGAACACAUACCUUCGUGAACUGUCAUGUUCAUUUCUUUUAUGAGACACCUUUGUGAUUUCUUGACAGGAAGUGACAGCUGAUAAUGUGCCCGAUUUAAAGAGAGGCUUUUCCACCAAAGGAAAAGCAGCUACGUUUUAAAGCGAACCCCGACGGUAUUGAACGUGCCAUCUCUUAAACUUAAGACCUUCUCAAGAAAUGCUGUUAUAUCAUUUCCUGUUGUUGAAGAAGGCUGUGCCCAUGCUAUACAAAACAGACACCAUGGGGAGCCAUUUAGGCAUGGAUUCCUUAAAACUACAGACUAUUUUCAAUAGCAGGAAGCUAGCAGAAUAAACACCAGGAAUUGUCUUUGCAUUUGUGGUUUGCGCAGAUACCAGUUUGCUGUGGAAUUCCUUAUUAACCAUGUGCAUGAGUUUGGCACCACUAGUGCAAACUAGGUCCUCACUGAAGACUGCCAUGGAAAAUGAGUGGCACCCUAGAAACUACUGCUCAUUGAAACUCAACAAGAGUCAUGGCUUCAGUAUUAGCUCAAAUAUUCCACCUCCAAUAGUCAGAUGAGCUGUUAAUCUUAGACUAGCGCCUGUUUUUAAGUCGGGGGUAAUGUAAGAUUAAAUAAAAUACUGUCUUCAGGGUUGAGACCUCAGAAUCUUAUCUCUUAUACAUCAAACACCGCUGUGCUCAUUUAUCUCUGACGAGAGUGCAAACUGAGCCGCAACUGACGUCAACCCCAGAGCAGUGCAUGGUGACACAGGCGUCUGUGGUCACAGCUCCUGUUAGAGGACUCAAAAGACAUGUGUGCGCAGUUUGUGUGUGUGUUUUAGGCAUUUUUAUGAAUCUAGCAUUUCGUGCAAGCCGCUGUUCAAAGAGCAUGUUGCCCAGAGUUUUACAACCUAGCCAAAGCUUUUAAGAGAAUGGCCUUAUAGCCACGUACAAGAUAACCAACUUUUGUAGAGCAUCAAGAAUGUUUCACUUUUGCUCUUAAAGGCUUAAUUCAGAGAGGAAGUGGUAGAACCUGCUUCGCCCCAGGCCCUAAUCACUUGUUUAUUGAAAUGUCCCUAUUAAACCCACAUCUGCACCCCAAAUCAAAGGCCUACCCUCUCUGCUCUCGACACCUACCCCAGCCUGUGCAUUGAGCCUCCAUGGCUGGGCACUUUGCUACUUAAUUGCUUUUGCUCGGCAAGUGAUGCACGCUGUCCUGUCAGGAUCGAUACCACGUUCCAAAUAAAGCCUGGAUCUGCUGAGAGCUUAAUCAGGCCCAGCAGUGGGCAGAGUGGAUCCGGGAGAGAGGCCGAGCUUUGGAGAACAGCUCGCGUGGAGACGGAGAAGAGGACAAGUCCCUGUGUGCUACUCGUUCUGAAGAGCGCUGCCCUCAAUUAUGCCAUGCUCCACACAGCGGUCCACUAAGACCACCACUGGAGAGUCUAUUGAUUGCACCAUCCCAUCCCUCCUUUCCUUUCCCAAGCACCUGGUGCAAGUAGGCUAUUUGUGACCAGUCUCUAGGCACUGCAAGGCUUUCUGCAAUCAUAGCUCUUGUUAGAACCACCUACUGUAUCCCAGUGGCAUCCUUCUAAACCACAAAACAUCUAAACCUGUCAGGCCUUUCGCUAGUAUUUGAUUCUCCUUCUGUAUUUCUUCAUUUCACUUUCUGUUUCCACUGGCUGGCAGAACACAUGAUCAUCCUCAGCAAAACAGGCAAUUGUUUUGUGGAACCCACAGAACCCAUAGCAUGGAGUGGAGAUUUGAAAGGCAAAUGUCUCGGUCCUGACCUCAUUCCGUGCCUGUCAUUCAUGUGUUAAAGUUUAGCAUGACAUGUUUUUGGUACUGAGUGUAGCAAGAGUCACCCAUAGAUCAUGGUGUGAAUCGAAGUCGUCGUCUCCAGCCCAUGCUCUAAAGAUAAUAAGGAAACAUGGCUUGAAAUAAGAGCCACAUACCGCAACAGACACAGGAAUGAUCCUCUGACAGAUUUGUGAGGAAGACUUGCUGGCCACGUGGGAAAAGCGAGAGCGCCGUCUGAGGCCUGUUCCAGGACGCACACCUGGUCGCAGUCCAUCAUGAACCAGAGCUCUCCUUGCUUGAGACAGAAGUUAGCAUAGCAUACUCAGUUUCACCCCAGUCGCUGAUCCCUCUAGCUGAGGCAGAGAGUCUUGCAGUUCUUUUCUCUAUUGUUAAAAAAAAAAUCAUAUAGCUGUGCUAAUUUUGGUACAGUCUAGCUAGCGUAUUUCUAAUAUUGGCAUCUGAGUAUCAUUUCCAUUGAGCACAAUAGGAAUAUUUGUGGUGUUUUUGUUAUGUCUAACAGUGAUGUUUGUUGUAUUAGCACCUGAUUUUAAAUGAUUUUUUUUUUCCUUAAGAAUAUGAGUGAUUAUAUUAAGGCACUUGAGAAAAUAACUCUUAUGACGUAAUAAGCUGAAUUUUUGAGAAAGUAGGUAAUGAUGUUGAGAUACUAAGUCAAAGUCUUGAGAAAAUAAGUCAUUCUUAUGACAUAAGCCAAAAUUUUGUAGAUUUUUUGUAUUUGUAGAUACUCAGUCAAAAUCUUCAGAAUAAAAGUAAUUCUUUAUGACAAUCUGAAAGUUUGAGAAAAUCAUUAUUUUGAGAUAAAAAGUAAAUCCACAUAAUAAGUCAUAAUCUUUAUAAUUAGCCGUCAGAAAUCAAGAGAAGAAAAAAUAUGCAAUUUUGUCCACCUUUAUCUGGUGGAAAUGGGCUUUUGUAAGUGACCAUUUUAGUGCAGGAUGAUCAGAUUGCACAAAAAGUAUAACAUUGUUUACACAGUUAGCUUUCAUUUGAAUAAAAAGCGGAAGAGCAAAAGCGUAUGUUUGCAAGACAUGUGAUAUACUUUCUUUCUAGCAGUGAGGAGGCAGGUCUACCAGACUUCUGAGUAGUACUUCUGCUAUGAGACAACGUCAUGCUUAGCGCAAGCAUUGAUGGCAAAACCCUUUGGAAUACCCAGCAAUGGCAUCCUACAGUUUCGAUGUGGAGAAUGGACUGUCAGCAGGACGUGCGCUGGACUCUCAGGUCAGCCCCAGCUCUGGCCUGGUCCUACAGGCCACUUUCCCCCACAGCCAGCGGCGCGAGUCCUUCUUGUACCGCUCCGACUCAGACUUUGACCUUUCCCCCAAGGCCAUGUCCAGAAAUUCCUCCACUGCCAGUGAGCUGGAAGAGGGCUUGAAACAGUGGGAAGUCAGUUGCCUGCCUCGACAUGGAGAAGACAUGAUUGUAACACCUUUUGCACAGGUUCUGGCCAGUCUGCGAACAGUGCGGAGCAACUUUGCAGCUUUAACUCAUCUGCAGGAUCGGGGUGGUUGCAAACGGCCAUCAGGCAGCAAUCCUCCCUCCAUGUGCAAGCCAGGCUUACCAGAUGACACGUAUCAGAAGUUGGCCAUUGAGACAUUGGAGGAGCUGGACUGGUGUCUGGACCAGCUGGAGACCCUGCAGACCCGCCACUCGGUCAGCGAGAUGGCUUCUAACAAGUUCAAAAGGAUGCUGAACCGAGAGCUGACGCAUCUGUCAGAGACGAGCCGCUCAGGAAACCAAGUGUCAGAGUUCAUAGCAAGCACAUUUUUAGAAAAGCAGCAUGAUGUGGAGAUACUGUCACCGCCAACGAAGGAGAAGGAGAAGAAGCGGCGGCCCAUGUCUCAGAUCAGCGGUGUGAAGAAGCUGACGCACAGCCCCAGUCUGGCCCCCAGCUGCAUCCCUCGCUUCGGGGUCAGCACCGAGCACGAGAGCCUCCUGGCCAAGGAAGUCGAGGACAUCAACCGAUGGGGUUUAGAUAUCUUUAAAAUAGCAGAGCAUUCAGGAAAUCGGCCACUGACGGUUAUUAUGUACACAGUUUUUCAGGAACGAGACCUGCUGAAGUCAUUUAAGAUCCCAACAGACACAUUCAUUACCUUCAUGAUGACUCUAGAGGACCACUACCAUGCUGACGUCGCCUACCACAACAACAUCCAUGCUGCUGAUGUAGUGCAGUCCACUCAUGUGCUGCUCUCCUCACCUGCUCUAGAGGCCGUCUUCACUGACCUCGAAAUUAUGGCUGCUCUGUUUGCUAGUGCCAUACAUGAUGUUGAUCACCCUGGAGUGUCCAACCAGUUCCUCAUAAACACAAAUUCUGAGCUGGCUCUGAUGUACAAUGAUGCAUCUGUGUUGGAGAACCACCACCUGGCUGUGGGCUUCAAACUAGUACAGGAGGAAAACUGUGACAUCUUCCAGAAUCUUAGUAAGAAGCAGCGGCAGUCACUGCGCAAGAUGGUCAUUGACAUGGUGUUAGCGACAGAUAUGUCCAAACACAUGAACAUCCUGGCAGACCUGAAGACCAUGGUCGAGACCAAGAAAGUGACGAGUCUCGGAGUGUUGUUGCUGGACAACUACUCAGAUAGAAUACAGGUUCUCCAGAACAUGGUCCACUGUGCUGACCUCAGCAACCCCACCAAGCCUCUGGAGAUCUACCGGCAAUGGACUGACCGCAUCAUGGUGGAGUAUUUCACGCAGGGUGACCGAGAGCGAGACAGAGGGAUGGAGAUCAGCCCCAUGUGUGACAAACACACUGCCUCAGUGGAGAAGUCUCAGGUGGGCUUCAUCGACUACAUUGUGCAUCCUUUGUGGGAGACGUGGGCUGACCUAGUUCACCCUGAUGCUCAGGACAUUCUGGACACGCUAGAGGACAACAGGGAGUGGUACCAGAGCAUGAUCCCCCGCAGCCCCUCACCUGCGCCCGAGGAGCAGGACUCGCAGGGCAGCGGCAGCGGCUCUCUGGGUGCCGGAGGAGCCGGAGGAGAAAAGUUCCAGUUCGAGCUGACGCUAGAGGAGGAGGGCGAGUCGGACGCUGAAAGCCCGUCAGCGGCAGAAAGCUCCAGAAACCCAAUGGACAGCCUUCAUCGAGCCCCAUCACCAAAUCCCAGCCACACACUCGGCCUGGCCGCCAUGUCUGUGCGAAGCCCGCGCCACAGGACGUUAUCUCCUGACACAGCGGACAGGGACUGCAGCAGAGAACUUGACUAAGAGACUAAAGGCUAAACCAGUUAGUGACUAGGCACGUAGCAUGGCCUGAAACCAGCACUGCUGUCCUCAUUACGAGUCUCAGAAAUGACACGCUCCAAAUCUGUGAUGAGCCCAUUGUGGCUUUAGCUGCCUCCUAGUGAACAACAACACAUACCACACCAGAGACAACUCCUCAUUUCAGUUUCUCCUUUAUAACCAGUUACACACAUUUUUUUCCCCCACCAAAUAAGCCUUUUUAGUCCUGUUUUCUUAAGAUGCAGUCAUGUCUAGGACACAGGCCUCUCUAUAGACCCAACUCGACCAUGCUGUGACUGAGAGACUGAUGACAGAACUGAAGAUGAAGCAGCCUCUUUAUGGUCUACUAACGAAAUUAAGGAGCCCUUCUGAGAAAGAGAGUCUUCCUUCAAACGAUGCACAUGGUGUCUGUAGAGGAAAGUCCAUGUAAUAUUUGUGGUAACCUUACAGGGUCUAGGAACUUUUGCACCGUACGGUUAGUUUAGGAUAUUUAGGAUAUUCAUUUAUCUUGUGAAUAAUUAAUUUAGCACUCUGUAUUUUCAAUAUUUUUAGCCGCUUGGAAGUGAUCAGAUGAAUGAGCAGUGACGGUCAUACCAAAUAUGAAAUAGGAAAGAGACAAAAUUAUGACACUAAUAACCUCAGGACAUAAUAAUGAUUUCAUUUUAAUGUAGCAAGGUACCCCUGUAUGUUACCCAGGGUGACUUUUUUAUUGCACCCAACAUAAAGAUGUAACAUUUUAGUAAAUGAAAGAAUUCAAACUUCAAAAAUGUCAAUGUUACAUUUGUAAAAUUUACUCAUUUCAUUUGUGAAUACUUAAUAUAUCUUGAAAUUGUGUAAUAUGUUGUUCCAUUUGAAAUCAGUUGAGAUGGUAAAUGUCAAGACACAUGGUCACUGAUUUUAGAGCCACUGCGAAAGAGAGUACAAAAGUGAUGCCAGAGACGCUGGUUGAGAUAUUUAAUUUUAUUUAGUUAUUUAUUUAUUUAUUUAGGUUGAGAAUGUUCAUGGUGUCUAAAGUAAAAUGUAAGUCCCAGACAGCCAUUUUCAUGGGUUAUUUAACUCCUAACUCAUAAUAUAGUUGUAGUAAGGCAGAAUCCACUAAUAACAGCCAGGAAUCUGCAUAUUAAUUUUACAUUUUUUAUACUAAAUAAUUGAUUUUCUAACAGGACAGCCCUCUCUAACUUGGCUAGAACCAUGUUUGAGCAGAAUUGGAAAGUCUGAUACAUCCUGUGAAGGUGCAGUUUGAUGUUCUUGAGCUUUGUUUUGAGGUUUUAGUUGUUUUUAGGCUUCCCUUUGACUAUUCCGAUGUGAUGUUUGUCUCAUUCUUUCUGUUAUGAAAGUUUUGAGAAAUACAAUCUGAAAACAAGCUAGCUAAUGUGGGUGCAAAACGUACAUUUUGUUUGCAGACAAUGAAUAUUUUCACCACAAACAGAGUCUCUGAUAUAAUUCUGUACCUUCUGAUGCAGUGACUCAUGCAGGACUGUAGGUGGAAUUAGCUGGAAUUAAAGCCUCCACUGUUCUAGAUUUCACACUCUGUGACCCAAUAGACACCUAAUAACAAAUCUAUGAAUGAUGAUGAAUCUUUUAUGUAUAGCUGGGAUCAAUAUCCAGGGGUACCAGUACGUGUCAUUUUCUGAAUCUAUAACACCACUUACACUCAUGUUUAUAUGGUUUGUUUUUAUUAUUAUUAUUUUACCUAAUGUUCAGUUUUGCAGAUGAAAUUUACACUGAAGAAAAAGAUGUACGGAAUUUACUUUUAAAUGUGUGCAUCAUUUCCGCAUGACUAAAUAUAUUACGUCAACACAUUUGUUUUCUUUCAGUUACUUCACUUACUUUUUGCAAUAAUUGGGAUGAUGUAAUAUACUUUAUUGAUGAGAAAAUGAUGUACACAUUUGAAUCAAGUAUAAUCAAUGCAUUACAUUUUUCAGUAUAUUGUUGACAAAACUGCCUCCACUGAGUGUUGGCCUCGGUUAUGUGUUUUCAGGCGGUGGCCUAUGAUUUUGAUAAGAGAGAGCAGCUUGUUUGUUUUUCUUAAUUUUUUAGGACUACUUUAGGAAUCUGAUCCACAGCGCUUCUAAAGGGCUAGAGACAAACCAGGAUGUAAGAAAAGAGCUGACUGAAUGCCUCUCCCCGCUGUCCAGUGAUAUCUCCUCUUUCACUCAAGUUUAACAAUGUUUUUUUAUUAUUAUUAUUAUUAUUUAUUUAUUUUGGAAUUAACUACACACAGUAGGUACAGAUUCAUAUUUUAUAUAGACAGACUGAUUCCAUUAACUGGCUCUAAUUCUGCAAAGUAAAAAGAAACAAAAAUAGCAAAUUAUUAUAAUAUAGAUAGAAGGUCUGAAAAUGUUUUGGUAAAAUGUUUCUAUUGCUUUCCAUCAUUUAGGCUUUAUGUGGCUGCUUUUUAUUUCUUAAUCAAAAAAAAACUUAAGCAGAACUUAUACUUAUUUAAACUUAUUUCUUAAGCAGAAAAAAACAUUGUAUUUUUACAAUAUUAAUACAGGAAACACUAAAAGCACUGUUUAACACAGAGCAAUGACAGUUUCACUGCUGUUCUUCUCUCAGAUAAGACAUCAUUCAGUGAGGUCCGCUGGACGCACAGCCUUAAACCUGCACAGUGGGAGAGAGCUUCAGCAAAGGUUAUAACACACCUUAUGAAACAGCACAUAGGCUACGCCGCAUCUCUAGUACGUUUCUUAUGUCACUUUUUCUGUCUUUUCAUCUUUACUGAUGUGCCAAGCGUGCUAUUUAUUCCUAGUGCCGAUAAUGUCAAACCAAGGCCUGUUCCUGUUCCUGUUCUGUUCAUUCGUCAAGGAAAUUGUGUCUUUUGAUCCACGGAGCUCGAGUGCUCUUUCAGAUAAAGGUGUUUUGCCACUCCUGUGCGUGUCUGCGUGUACCUCUUCAUUUGCCACUUUUCAAAGCCAAAACCUCCAGAUUAAUUCAGGUUGCUCUCUAGAAACCAAUGUCAAUAAAGUUACUCGGAAAGCUG